AUACUCUACUAUUUUGAAUUAAAAAAAAAGUUAUUUGCUUUUAUAUAUAAGUGAUUUCUCUGACUAAAAUUUGCGAUUUUCUCAUUCUCGGUUUCUUAAUAGCUAAGCUGAGUACAUUACCGACUCUGUCAGCCAUGGCGUUUCCCUACAUGGAAGCUGUUGUCGGGUUUAUGGUAUUUAUGUACAUUUUUGAAACUUACUUGGAUUUGCGACAACACUCGGCACACAAACUUCCUUCUCUUCCUAAGUCUUUAGAAGGAGUAAUCAGCCAAGAGAAGUUUGAGAAAUCUAGAGCCUAUAGUCUUGAUAAGAGCCGCUUUCAUUUUGUUCACUCGUUUGUGACAAUUGUGACAGACUCUACGAUUUUGUACUUUAAAGUAUUACCAUGGCUUUGGAAGAAAUCAGGAGAUUUUGUGACACUUGCUGGUCUCAAUGCAGAAAAUGAAAUACUUCACACCCUUGGCUUUUUAGCUGGUUUGAUGAUCUGGUCGCAGACAACUGAUUUGCCCUUUUCUCUGUACAAAACUUUUGUGAUUGAGGCCCGUCAUGGUUUUAAUAAGCAAACACCAUGGUUAUUCUUCAGGGACAUGAUAAAAGGCAUUUUUCUUUCCAUAAUAAUUGGCCCUCCUAUUGUGGCUGCAAUCAUUGUAAUAGUACAGAAAGGAGGUCCAUACUUGGCCAUCUAUCUCUGGGCAUUUAUGUUUGGUCUUUCUCUUGUGAUGCUGACUAUUUAUCCAAUUCUAAUUGCUCCACUCUUCAAUAAGUUCACUCCUCUUCCAGAUGGUCCACUCAGGGAGAAAAUUGAGAAACUUGCUUCCUCCCUCAAGUUUCCAUUAAAGAAGUUGUUUGUUGUUGAUGGAUCCACAAGAUCAAGUCACAGCAAUGCCUAUAUGUAUGGAUUCUUCAAGAACAAGAGGAUUGUGCUUUAUGACACAUUAGUUCAACAGUGCAAAAACGAUGAGGAGAUUGUUGCUGUUAUUGCCCAUGAGCUUGGACACUGGAAGCUCAACCAUACUGUGUUCACCUUCAUUGCCAUGCAGAUUCUUACACUCUUGCAAUUUGGAGGAUACACAAUAGUGCGGAAUUCAACUGAUCUGUUCCAAAGUUUUGGGUUUGAUUCACAGCCAGUUCUCAUUGGACUCAUCCUAUUCCAGCAUACGGUAAUCCCACUCCAGCAAUUAGUUAGCUUUGGUAUGAACCUUGUGAGCAGAUCAUUCGAAUUUCAGGCUGAUGCCUUUGCUAAAAAGCUUGGAUAUUCAUCUUCAUUGCGAGCUGGUCUUGUGAGACUACAGGAGGAGAAUCUGUCAGCUAUGAAUACAGAUCCAUGGUACUCCGCUUAUCACUAUUCUCAUCCUCCCCUUGUUGAAAGAUUGGCUGCACUUGACAUACCAGAUAAGUCAGACUAGUGCAAACAAAAACUAUAGAUGAAGAAGAGUAGCCAAAAUUCAUUGUAUGUUUUUAUGCAACUUGCAAUGAUUUGAAUGCUGUAAUAUGACAUUUGUGUUUAGUUGCUUGUUUUGCACACACCCAGUUAAGCCUCGCCGGUUUAUAAGUUAAUACAAUACAAUAUGUAGCGACGUUAUCAUAUGAGUAGUACUAUAUUGUAUAAGGCUUAUCUUUAUAAGGCUUAUCUUUUAAA